AUGAGUACCACAAUGCAAAGAACUCCAAGGUCUGGCAGACAGUCAUUGUUUUUCCAGGAUUUAGCCUCUCCUCUUUCUGGCCGCCGGGGAAAGUUUUCUAGUCCUGGUCAGUCAGGCGCUUCUUCUUCUCUAUGGCGCGAAAACUUUGGUAAUUCAGAUCUUCCUCCGCCUCCUGUUUUCACCUUGGACGACAGAUCGGACUUUUCUCCUGAAUCAGGCAUACUGGAUUACCAAGUAUCUCCUGAGACUAAGUCGGAGAACAAAACUCCUGUGCAGAAUUUAAAUAGGGAAUUUUCGACUCCAGCCAAAGGCAAAUCCGAGGCCAGCACAUCUUAUGCUUUAAGAGGAGUGCAGCAAAACCAACAGGGCUCGCCAGGUUUGAAUUGGUGGUCGCCUGCUACUGCAAAGAGUGGUGGUGAUCAAGACGAGAAAGGAAGGAGUUCUCCAGUUGAGGGGGUGGUUCAGCCUGGUGCUUUGAUUACUCUUCCUCCACCACUAGAAGUAGCAAGGCCUGAGGUUCAGAGAAAUUCCUUGCCUGCAGGGAAUCUCAAUGAAGAAGAAUGGGUAACAGUAUAUGGAUUUUCUCCAUAUGAUACUAAUUUGGUUUUAAGGGAGUUUGAAAAAUGUGGUGAAAUUUUGAAACAUGUUUCUGGUCCCAGAGAGGCUAACUGGAUGCACAUUUUGUAUCAGAAUCGAUCGGGUGCACAAAAAGCUCUUAACAAGGAUGGAAUACAAAUUAACGGAGUCCUAAUUGUUGGUGUGAAACCCUUAGAUCCCAUGCAACGACAAGCUUUAAAUGAAAGAUUGCACAAUCAAGGUUUUAUCCCCUUGCCUCUACCCUCUGCUAGAAACUCAGAAGCAAGCACAUCAAAAGCUCUUUCUCGGCCAUAUUAUCUGCAGAACGGCAACACAACUACAAGGCAGACUGGAGGAACCAUUGCUUCCCCAACAAAAUCAUUGGCGUCCAAGAUCUUUGACUUGAUGUUUGGAGUCUAG